AUGACGCAAAUUAUCCCUAAUCGUUAGGGCAAGAGAUUUCAGAUAUUUUUUCUCUUUACUUUCUAGCGAAGAUGUACAACGGAAUCGGGCUACAAACGCCGCGAGGCUCCGGCACCAACGGCUACAUACAGACGAACAAGUUCUUCGUCAAGCCGAAGACGAACAAAGUCCUCGUAGACGGCGGCAAGGGUUUCGAGUCCGGCCAAGGAACCGCCGGCGUGUCGAGAAAAGCGAACAAGGACAUUCUCGAACACGACAGGAAACGGCAGAUUCAGCUCAAACUUCUCGUCCUUGAGGAUAAGCUUGUCGAUCAGGGAUACACCGAUGCUGAGAUUGCGGAGAAGCUCGAUGAAGCUCGACGUAAUCUGGAGACAACAUCUGAAGAUUCUGGUGGAUCCACUGCUAUUGGCUAUCACAGGGUUUCGGGAACACAGACACACCAGAUUGCUGCUUUGAAGGAAAAGCAGAUGGAAUCCUUAAAAGCUGCUCUCAAGAUAGGGGCUGAAUAUGAGACCCAGAAGAAGCGGCAUGAGGCUUUUGAUUUAGAUACUGAAGAGAAUGAAGAUGGUGAUAACAAUGAGCUAGUUGAUAGGAAGCGGCACGAGAAGGACUUGAGAAAAGAGAAGGAUGAGGGUAAGCGUCGCAAGAAAAAAGAGAAGAACAAAAAACGUGAGGAUUCUUCUGACACUGACAGCAGUGACGCCCAUGCCAAAGAGCCUAAAAAGAAAAAUCAUAAAAAGGCCAGCCAAUCUAGAUCCAAUACUGAUACUGCUGUUGAUAAUAAGUCAAAAAAAUUGUCUGCCAAGGAAAAAAAGGGUAGAAGGCGGCAUCACAGUGACGAUUCGCUCUCUGAUUCUUCCUCAGAUUCUGAUUGUUCUUCAGAGUCUGAUCAGGAGAACAAACAUGCAAAACCCCAUAGGAGACAUUCUGAGGGUGAGUACAAUGAUGGCCGUGAUGCAAAAGCCAGUAACUUUCAACAAGGUAGAAGACAUGAUUCUGAUGAGGAUGGGUACAAAAAUGACCGUGAUGUCAAAGACAAGAUGAUUAAGAAAGAGAGAAGGCAUGUUACCGAGGGCAAGUAUGAUGAUGGUUGUGAUGCUAAAACCAAGAAGUCAGAAAGAGGUAGUAGACAUGAUUCUGAUGACAACAAUGAUGGUAGUGAUCGUGAUGUAAAAAGCAAGAAGAUUCAGGAAAGGAGACAUCUUACUGCAGGUGAGUAUGAUGAUUGUCGUGGUUCUAAAAACAAGAAGUCUCAAGGAGGUAGAAGACACGAUUCUGAUGAUGAUGAUGAUAGUAAUGAUCGUGAUGUAAAAAGCAAGAAGAUUCAGGGAGGGAGGAGACAUGUUACUGAGGGUGAGUAUGAUGAUGGUCGUGAUGCUAAAAACAAGAAGUAUCAGAGAGGUAGAAGACACGACUCUGAUAAUGAUGAUAGUAAUGAUCUUGAUGUAAAAAGCAAGAAGAUUCAGAAAGGGAGAAGGUACGAGUCUGAUGACAGUGAGUAUGAUGAAGGCUAUGAUGUAAAGAAAAAUAAGACUCAAAAAGGUAACCGAUGCAAUUCUGAUAAGGAUGAAGGUGAAAUCAGCAGUAGCGACUAUUCCCGCAGCACCAGUGAUUCAGAUAGUGAGAGGAAUUAUCGUGGACGCAAGGAUGUAGAUAGGACAAAGUCUGAGAAGAUCAAUAGAAGUGGUCGUGGAGAUGAUUAUGGUGGUAGGUGGGAGAGUUCGGUAAAGAAAGAUAGGGAAUUUCAGGAGGAUGAUUUGAGAAAGAUUCAUGGUGGACAAGCUCCUGAUAAAGGACUGGACACGUUCAAGAAAUUGGAGAAGUUAUAUCAAUCGAGGGAAGAUGUGUUUGGUGGAUCAAGUGGUAGUCAGGAGUUGUUGAGGGGUAAGAGAAAACUAGACGAUGAAAACUUGGAUGAACGCGAGGGAAAGUCAAGGAGGAUGGAUUCUGGAAAAAACGAAGAGCAUAGGAGGCCUAAUAGUAAAACUGAGCACCAAAGUAGGUCAUACAGGAAUAUGGAGGAUAGUAAAGAUCAACAAGCAAGAAGAACUGGGGGAGAGUAUGAAGGUGAUGGCGGAGAGCGUGACACUAAAAUUCAGAGUCGGAAUGAACUGCAUCGUGAAAGCAGACAUGAGAAUCGAGAUUAUGAGGUGCGUGAAUGGGAGAGAAGAGAAAGUAGGGAUGAUGAUUGUUGGGAAAUGAAGCAAAAAAGAGAUGAAGAGGAUGAUCGGUACAGGAAGCAUGAGAAAGAACAGGAUUCUCAGCGUGGAAGGCAUGAACAAGAGGGCGAGGAGCAUAGAAGCAGAACGCGUGAUAGUUAUAGAGGUCAUGAUUCUCACAAGAGGGCUAGACAUGAUGAUUUACCCUCUGGUGGAAAUAGAAGAUAUGAUGAUGACAAGUAUGCUGAUAAGAGGACUAGGCUGUGAAAGCUGCCUUAGAUUUUGCCCUGCCAGAAUAUCGAGUGUUUCAGCAGCUCAGUUGAGGAAGAUUGCCGAUGUUUAGAAACCAAGCAUAAAGAGGCAAAGCUUGGUUAGCUGUUUAGUAUCAUAAGUAUGUGAGCUUUCUGCCAAGGGGUGUUGUGGGGGUUAGUCCUCGAAACACUUUCCGGUGUACCUAAGAGGUUUUUCCUGAUGAAUCACUGUCUUUACUGUUGACCGUCAGAAGUGGUGUGCAAGAAUUAGCUGUAAUAAGUAAUGAUUCCUCUUAGGGGGAGUGUGUGCUACCGUGGCUUCCUUGUGAAGGUAAGGUCCGCAGGCCCAUGUACAAUAUACAUUUUUCAGUUCUUAUUGUUUGAGUAGGUUGUUUUAAAUUUUU